GUAUUGCUGUGGAUAAAAACGGGCUGAUGUACUUCGUGGAUGCCACCAUGAUCCGGAAGGUGGACCAGAACGGCAUCAUCUCCACUUUGCUGGGGGCCAACGAUCUGACUGCCGUGCGGCCGCUGAGCUGUGACUCCAGCAUGGACGUCAGCCAGGUGCGUCUCGAGUGGCCCACGGACCUUGCAGUGAACCCCAUGGACAACUCUCUCUAUAUCCUGGAAAACAAUGUUGUCCUACGCAUCACUGAGAACCACCAGGUGAGCAUCAUCGCAGGUCGGCCCAUGCAUUGCCAAGUGCCGGGUAUCGACUACAGCCUCAGUAAGCUGGCCAUACACGCGGCCCUGGAGAGCGCCACGGCCAUCGCCCUGUCCCACACCGGCGUCCUGUACAUCGCCGAGACGGAUGAGAAAAAGAUCAACAGAGUUAGACAGGUUAGCACCAAUGGAGAAAUCUCUCUCCUGGCUGGCGUCGCCUCCGACUGCGACUGCAAGAAUGAUGUCAACUGCAACUGUUUCUACGGCGAUGACGGCUACGCCCCAGAUGCCGGCUUGAACUCGCCUACAUCCUUGGCCGUGUCCCCUGAUGGGACCCUUUUCAUCGCAGACCUCAACAACAUUCGCAUCAGGGCCGUGCGAGCCAACAGGCCGGGCCCCGCCGUCUCCAGCGUUGGAUUCGGAGGAGCUGCGCAGUAUGAGGUCGCAUCGCCAAGGGAACAGGAGCUGUAUGUCUUCAACGGGGAGGGGCUUCACAUCCAGACAAUCAGCUUAGUGACUGGUGAGCCACUUUACAACUUCACCUAUGGCCCUGACGGAGAGCUGGCCACACUGGUGGAUAACUGCAACAACACAGUGAAGGUGAGGAGGGAUGGCCAGGGCCAGGGAGGGGGGGCCGGCCUGCUCCGACUGGUGCUGCUCCCAGAGAAUCAGGUGGUGAUGCUGGGACUGGACCCCACCGGAGGGCUGCGGAGCGUGUCAGCCAUGGGCCAGGAAGUGGCUCUGAUGGGCUACAGUGGCAACACGGGCCUCCUGGCUACCAAAGCUGAUGAGACUGGAUGGACCACAUUUUACCAGUACGACAGCGAGGGCCGCCUGACCAACGUCACGUACCCCACGGGCAUGGUGACGAGCCUCCACCGUGAGAUCGAGCGCUCCAUCAACAUCGACAUCGAGAGCUCCAGCAGAGACGACGAUGUCACAGUCAUCACCAACCUGUCCUCCGUCGAAGCCUCGUACACCGUGGUCCAAGACCAGGUGAGGAACAGCUACCAGCUGUGCAACAAUGGGACCCUGAGAGUGAUGUACGCCAAUGGUAUGGGAAUCAGCUUUCACACCGAGCCCCACCUCCUGGCAGGCUCCGUCAGCCCUACGAUUGGCCGCAGGAACAUCACCCUGCCCACUGACAAUGGCCUCAACUCCAUUGAAUGGCGUCUGCGCAAGGAGCAGACCAAGGGCAGGGUCACCGUGUUCGGGAGGAAGCUCAGAGCUCAUGGUCGCAAUCUUCUAUCUAUUGACUUUGACCGCAACACGCGCACAGAGAAGAUUUACGAUGACCACCGGAAGUUCACGCUGCGCAUCAUGUACGACGCUCAGGGCCGGCCAGCCAUGUGGUUGCCCAGCAGCAGCCUGGCGGUGGUCAAUGUGUCCUAUUCUACCACUGGACAACUGGUCGGGCUGCAGAGGGGGAGCAUGAGCGAGAAGACAGAGUUUGACCCCCAGGGACGCGUCCUGUCUCGCUCUUUCGUAGAUGGGAAGGUGUGGAGCUACAGCUACCUUGACAAAUCCAUGGUGCUGCUGCUGCAGAGCCAGAGACAGUACGUCUUUGAGUUUGACGCCUCGGGUCGUGUCACAGCGGUCACCAUGCCCAGCGUGGCCCGCCACACCAUGUUCACGCACGUAUCAGUGGGCUACAUCCGCAACACCUACAACCCUCCAGAGAGCAACGCCUCCAUCAUCCACGACUUCAGUGAGGACGGCCGACCUCAGGCCACGCACUUCAUGGGCACCGGCCGCCGCGUCCUCUACAAGUACGGCAAGCUGGCCAAGCUGUCCGAGAUCGUGUACGACAGCACUGCCGUCACUUUCGGCUACGACGAGACGGCCGGCGUGCUGAAGAUGGUCAACCUGCAAAGCGGGGGCUUCUCUUGCACCAUCCGUUAUCGCAAAAUGGGCCCGCUCAUUGACAAGCAGAUCUACCGCUUCAGCGAGGAGGGAAUGGUCAACGCCAGGUUCGACUACACCUACCACGACAACAGCUUCCGCAUCGCCAGCAUGAAGCCAGUCAUCAGUGAGACGCCACUUCCUGUUGACCUAUACCGAUACGACGAGAUCUCUGGAAAGGUGGAGCACUUUGGAAAGUUUGGGGUCAUUUACUACGACAUUAAUCAAAUCAUCACCACUGCCGUUAUGACGCUGAGCAAGCAUUUCGACACCCACGGUCGCAUCAAGGAGGUCCAGUACGAGAUCUUCCGCUCGCUGAUGUACUGGAUGACGGUGCAGUACGACAGCAUGGGACGGGUGGUGAAGAGAGAACUCAAAAUCGGGCCCUACGCCAACACCACUCAGUACCGCUAUGAUUAUGAUGGAGACGGACAGCUCAGCGGCGUCAAGGUGAAUGACUGGUCCACCUGGCGCUACAGCUACGACCUGAACGGUAACCUCCAUCUGCUGAACCCCGGGAACAGCGCCCGCAUCCUGCCGCUCCGCUACGACCUCCGAGACCGCAUCACGCGCCUGGGAGACGUCCAGUACCGCGUGGAUGAAGACGGCUACCUCAGCCAGCGCGGCUCAGACGUCUUUGACUACAACUCCAAAGGUCAGCUGCUGAGGGCCUACAAUCGGGGCCCCGGAGGCUGGAGCGUGGUGUAUCACUACGAUGGGCUGGGUCGCAGGGUGUCCACCAGGAACAGCCUGGGGCAGCACCUGCAGUUCUUCUAUGCUAACCUCAACCACCCCACCAGGGUCACACACAUCUUCAACCACUCCAGCUCGGAGAUCUCAUCACUCUACUAUGACCUGCAGGGACAUUUGUUUGCCAUGGAGGUGAGCAGUGGAGAGGAAUACUACAUAGCUUCUGACAACACUGGCACACCGCUGGCUGUCUUCAGCAGCAAUGGGCAAAUGAUCAAACAGGUGCAGUACACAGCCUACGGAGAAGUGUACCUGGAUUCAAACCCGGAGUUCCAGCUGGUGGUGGGUUUCCACGGCGGUCUCUACGACCCUCUGACUAAGCUGGUCCACUUCACCCAGCGGGACUACGACGUGUUGGCCGGGCGCUGGACCUCGCCCGACUACAGCAUCUGGCCCAAGAUAGGGAAGGAUCCCGCUCCGUUCAAUUUGUACAUGUUCAAGAACAACAACCCCCUCAGUGACAUGCUGGAUGUCAAAAAUUAUGUCACAGAUGUGAAGAGCUGGCUGGUGAUGUUUGGCUUCCAGCUCAGCAACAUAAUCCCAGGGUUCCCCCGACACUCACUCUACUUUGUGGAGCCGCCCUACGAGCUGCAGGCCACCCAGCACUGUGAGAACGGACAGCUCAUCACGGGUGUGCAGCAGGCAGCAGAGCGUCACAACCAGGCUUUCAUGGCCCUGGAGGGUCGUCUCCUCAACAAGGAACGGAGAAGACGCAAGGACAAGCCGGGUCACUGGUUCGGCACCAGCACCCCAAUAAUAGGCCGAGGGGUGAUGCUGGCUUUGAAGGAAGGCCGGGUGGUGGCCGGCGUGUCGGCUCUGGCCAGUGACGACAGCCGCAAAGUGGCUCUGGUGCUCAAUGGCGCUCAGUACCUGGAAGGCACCCACUACACCCUGGACGCCAAGGACUGCCACUACUUUGUGAAGGUCGGCUCUGCGGACAGUGACCUAUUAGCUUUGGGGCUAACUAACGGGCGGAAGUCACUGGAGAGCGGCAUCAAUGUGACGGUGAGCGGCCGGUCGAGGAGAGGCGUGACUGUGGAGUUCGCCGUUCCCUCGUUAGUGCUGAGUGUUCGGUACGGGCUUGCUGCGGACGUGGUGGACGAAGAGAAGGUAAGACUGUUGGAGCUGGCCAGGCAGAGAGCCCUGGCUGGGGCCUGGGCCAAGGAGCAGCAGAGGGCCAGGGACGGGAAGGGAGGCAGUCGCCUCUGGACGGAGGGGGAGAGACAGCAGCUCCUAACAACGGGCAGAGUACAGGGCUACGAUGGAUACUAUGUACUGCCUGUGGAGCAGUACCCAGAACUGGCUGACAGCAGCAACAACAUCCAGUUCCUCAGACAGAACGAGAUGGGCAAGAGGUAACAGCCCAUCAGACUCUCCCUCUCUCUCCCACCUUUCACUUCUCUAGAUCCUGCUCCUUUUUCCUACCCAGCCUCCUCGGACCCCUCUCCUCUCUAAACCCACGGAGAAUUAACCACCAAAGGGGGGUUACUAUGGAACGCUGCAGGGACUUUUGAAAAGAAUGAAAGAUAUUAUUGUUGAUUUUACUGCCACAGGCAAAACAUUUAAAGUUUAGUCAAAUGUCUUUUUGUUGUUUUUUUGGAAAAAAACUUUGAACAACUGAAAAAGCACUGAAGAACUUUGAGAACCGUUGCUUAAUGAAUAAGAAGAUUCCCCUUUUUAAAAAAGAUAGUGAUAUUUUCGCCCAUAUUUUCUGGGUCACACUGAGAGCGGCGGCCAUGACAGCUACUGAGCACGCGGUGGAGUUGUACUGCGCUGGAUUCUGCGGCGAACGCUUUUCUGUCUCUAAUAGACACUGAACGCAAAGGGACCAAAGUGGAGACAAGGCCACUCCAGAGUUCAGCCAUUACAACUACACAUCAAAGGAAGACGUCAUAAACCGCGACACACAAAGGAAAUGUUAAAGGUCGUCCAAUAGUAUGAGUCGUCUCCCUGUCUCAGGCCUCCCAUCGUCCACCACGGACCAGUCCUCUGCUGCUGAGUCAGCGCACAUCCAACCAAGCAACACACAAGCUAACGGCAUCCUUCAACAAAACCAAGCUGUUAAUGGACUCGAAAACACUUUUUAAAAAAACAAAGUAAAAAAAGUGAUGGCUAUAUUUGUGGACAGUGUAUCACACAGCAUUGUUUAUUUUAAAAUGGGGUGAAGAUCAUAUUACUACAUAUGUGUCCGACUUCACUAAAUUUCAGGAUGUUGCGUAUAUCGUAGAUGCCGUAGUUUUGUACGUUUCAGUCGCGGUAGAAUUGUGAGACUUUCACCAAGGCACUUCUGUACAGAAUGAUCAAACACACCACUCACAGAGUCCGGAAAAAACAUGCUAAGUUAGUAUUUAUUUUAUUCUUUUUUAUUUAUUUAUUCUUAGUACUAUAUGACAAUCAUGAAUGAGUCACCAGUUCUAUUCCAAAUGAACAUUAAUGGAUGAGUUUAUUUUAUUUUGUAAAAUAUGUAAGAAAUUUUGUUUUUGUAUUAAUUUCAGUUUGCUGCCGGGGGCAAAUAAUAGUCACUCUCAAAAAGAAUAAUUUAUGUAAUAAAGUGUUUAAAAAAAAAAGAAGCGGUUUAUACUUUAAAUAAAGUCUUUAAAACUGUGAAAUCUGUUUUUUCGAGCUAUAUUUCGAUGUACAGUGUAUAGACCUACCUUUAUGCAGCACAGUAGAAUAUUGUCCAGAAUAUCAAGUUUUAUAUUUCUAAGAGGAAGUGGCUUGUAAUGUGCAAAAUCUUUAGCUGGUCUUACUACUCUAGAGUUUUGUGGCACUCUAAUAUUCCAUAUCUACAAUAUCGACCCCGAGUUUGUUGUUUUUGACUGUUUUUUGGUUUUGAAAGCAGAGGUUAAUCUGUCCUAGAUCCCAACAGCAGUAGCAGUAAUGGAUCCCUCUCACUGUGAAGAGACUCGUGCUGGAUGUCAUAAUGUACCAAAUCAGUAUUAUCAAAGGAUGAUUCUUAUACAUUCACUGAACGAGACUCUUCUGAGAACCUUAUCAAUAAAACAUAAUUGUUUACUUCAA